UCAGCCAGGUGGCAGUUGAUUACCUUGAUUCGUUAUUAUUGUAUGCAGUUAGCUAGCGGCCUUUAGAGCGUUCGGUUGUGUUUUCUGUUUUUAAUAUUCAUUGCGUGUUUUUAAUUACUUUACAUUUAAUUUGAUAUUUCGGUUUGUGUUUUUGUUUUUACUGCUGUAAUAACUAAUAAAAUGAAAUGUAUUGAUUUCUUGUGUGACGUAUUUGACACUUAUUGUUAGUUGACGUUAUUUUGGUUUGUUUGAUAUCGUGCAUUAUCGCGCGGGCUUGAAACUCCUGCGUUCGUCUUCCGAUUUCUUAUCACGGGGAAAUUAAUUUUUAGUGUUUUUUUUAUUUCUUAAAUAUCUGUAAAUAGAAAUAAGAGGUGUGUUAAUCAAAUUAUACAACUGGUAUACAUUUAGGAUCAAUGUAUAGGAUUCUCUUUUUUUCGUCCUAGUUGAAAAGUUACUAAUUUGAAAACAAAACAGUUUAAUUAACGUCGUAUAAUUGAAACCUUCCAAAACUUAUAUUUACAAAAAAUAGAGCGUGUUGUUCACUUUUUCAAAACAGUUUUAGUUUGACUUGUGUGUUGCAUAAAAUAAAAAAGAAUAUUUUUUCAAUCAAGCUGUUUUACUAUAAACCUGCCUAAGUACUGAAAUUCUUUCCGACGGAAUAAUGAUGAAAGAUUUGAAGUUGUUAAAUAAAUAAUAACGGAAAACAUUGAAUUCAAAUUAUUGAAUAAUCUUCCCCCAGGAAAUAUUUUUCUGCAAACAUAAGUCCUCUUUUAUGUGCACUGCCCCCUAUUAUGGGCAUAUCGGAGAGAGUCAAACUGGAAGACUUACCAAAAGAACCCAAACUAUCACAUCAGGACAAAACUCCUGACCAUUCGAUAACAUUUCUUUCAACUACAGCAAGUGGCGGUACAAAUAGUCCCAUCUCCGAUGCAAAUAGUGACGGUGAACUUGAUGAGUAUGCUCCAAAAAGAAAACAGCGUCGUUAUCGCACCACAUUCACAAGUUUCCAAUUGGAAGAAUUGGAAAAAUCAUUUUCGAGAACUCAUUAUCCAGAUGUAUUUACAAGGGAAGAGCUAGCUAUGAAAAUUGGAUUAACUGAGGCUCGGAUACAGGUAUGGUUCCAGAAUCGCAGAGCAAAAUGGCGAAAACAAGAAAAAGUUGGUCCUCAAUCACAUCCUUAUAAUCCAUACAUUCAAAGUGGACCAAAUCAAAUGCAAACAAUUGUUGGAUCUACGCUACCUCCAAGUCAUUUCGCUCACUUAGGAUUUAAUUUACGAAAACCUUUUGAUACCUCUUCAAACCUUGUCGCUCUAAGAUAUCCCCACUUAUCCGGUGGACCGAUGAUUCCUGCAGGAUAUUUAAAUCAAUUUCACAGAGCACCCCCACAAAUAAUGGCGCACAAUAUGUCUUCUAUGUAUUCUCCAUCGACGUCCUUUCAGUCCUUACUAGCCAAUAUGUCAGCAAUGCCUCGCCCUCAAACUGCUCCUUCGAAACAAGUCAAUACCGAAGUGCUAUCGUGUAACCUAAUAGAUUCACCUACAAUUUCCCCCAACGCUAUUUCUAAUUCCAUCAAUUCGGGUCUUCCACCUCGAAGACCCACACCUCCAGAAGAUAGGCGAAGUUCCUCAAUAGCUGAGUUACGCUUGAAAGCUCGAGAACAUGAAAUGAAAUUGGAAAUGCUGCGGCAGAAUGAAGACGGUGAUGUGAUCAGCUAGUGAUUGCGAUUGCGCGUGAGACUAAAGUAUAAUAUAAUAACUAAUGAUAAUAAACAAAAUACAAAAUAUUAAUUAAUUCAAAGAACUGAUUGAUCGUCCUGUUAAACAAUAUUGUUAACAAUAUAGCCGAGUUUCGUUAAAAUAAUAAAAGUUGUGAUAAAUAAAAUAUAUUACAUUAUAUUUUUGUACUUGAAAUGCUUAUUCCAUUUGAAAUAAAGGUUUUA